GAACUCAGCCCUUCUCUCACACACACACAAACACACAUAUAUUUAUAUACUUUGUUUAGGCAUUUCUACGUAUCAUUAAAGAGAACACUAAUCUCCAGGAUGAGAUUAAAUCCCUCCACACUGCUAAAGGAAGAUUGGUUGAUAUGAAUGGCAAACUGGAAAAUGAUAUCCUGAAACUCCAUGAACUGAUUGAUGGUUUACAGAAGCAGAUUAAUAUACUGAUAUCUGCAGAAGAUGAAGUUCGAGAAUUAAAGAAAAUUCUGGUAGAGAAAAAUCUUCAGAUACCAAUUAUUGAAAAGGAACUAAAAGAUACCAAAGAGAGACAUGAAGAAAGCCUGAAGAAAUUACAGUUGGAACACAGCAGAAACAUCUCUGAGAUGGCACGUAGUUUCACAGAAGAGAGAGACGAAAUGGUCAAUGAGCUGAAACAGCAGCUAGAGGAAGAGAGAGAUAAGAACAAGCAAUUGCAGGGAACUUUGAAAAACCAGGAAGAAAAGAAACAGAAUGAGAUAGUUUGUCUCAAGAUGGAGUUUGAGACAAAGAUGAAACUCCUGCAAAGGCAAAAGAACCAGUCAGCUUUAUCGAAACAGUCAUGUGACCAAGAAAUCUUCAGGAAGAAACUGAGCCAUAUGAAGGAGGAAUACGAAAAGAAAAUUUCUGAACUAGAGCAAAGUGUAUCAUCUCUUGAGUGGAAACUGUCUGAAGCCCCUGUUCUUCCACUGAGAGAGCGGCUACAGUUAUUCUCUAACAACAGCAUCAUUGACAAAAUCAAGAAGAAGAAAUCUUGUUGACCAACUUCUAACCCUAAGUAUCUCCACUUCCUAUCAAAUAACUACUGGUUGUCUAUCAAA